AUAUCCGGAACCACCUCCUGAUUUCCAUGUUGUAACCCGGUUGUAACUACGACAUGGUGAAGACUAGACUUGUCAAGCUUUUUAGACGUUAAACAAACUUACAGCUGCAAUGGACGACCGUCAUCUAGACCUGACAGAGGCACAGAAGGCUGUCAAGUCCAAAUACCCGCCAAUCAACAAGAAAUAUGAAUAUUUGGAUCAUACAGCAGAUGUCCAAAUUCACUCCUGGGGAGAUUCCCUGGAAGAAGCCUUCGAGCAGUGUGCCAUGGGCAUGUUCGGCUACAUGACGGACACAGAGACAGUGGAACCAACUGAUACAGUUGAAGUGGAAUCAGAGGGUGAAGACAUGGAGUCUCUUCUCUUCCAUUUCCUAGAUGACUGGUUAUACAAGUUUUGUGCAGAUCUCUUCUUUGUUCCCAGGGAGGUCAAAGUGCUGCACAUAGACAGAAUGCGCUUCAGGAUCCGCUCCAUUGGGUGGGGUGAAGAAUUCUCUCUGGAGAAGCAUCCUCAGGGAACAGAGGUGAAAGCCAUCACAUACUCUGCAAUGCAGAUCCACGAUAAAGAAAAACCAGAGAUAUUUGCCAUUGUUGAUAUCUGAUGACACCUUCAGAGGCAGAUCAGACUCCUGGUUCAAUGGAACUGGAAUAUCUACAUGGCCAAUCUAAGUGGCCUUUUUAUCUAAGGCACUGAUUCUUGAUUUGUAAAAUCAGGUUUUCUACUCUUAGGGUGAAGUGUUUACUAACUAGCUCUCUGACAGAUUACUGAUUAAUUAUCUGACACUGAUAUCAUCAUCAUAAUAUUCAUUAUUUCAGAGGCCAUAUAAUUUCAAUAUUCAUGUAUAAGUGAGGAAUAAUAGAAUGAAAAUAGAACUCUUUGCUUAAAAGCCAUUACACUUUUGAUUUAGAAGUGUAGUGGCUUUUGUCCACCCAGUUUUACUUGAAACACUUCUGCAAGUUCUUAUUUUUAUUUAUGAUGAAUUUGAAAUUGUGUUGAUGCCUUAUUAAUCAUUGUAAAUAAAUCAACUUUAUUAUAAAUGUA